GUAACCGGACAGGAAAAGCCCCGCCGCCGCCGCCGCCGCCGCGCCGGAGACACCGACCGCGGCGGCAGCAGCAGCAGCAGCAGCAGCGAGAGGCAGAGGCGGCGGCGGCGGGGAGAGCACGGCCAAGGCUGCCCAGCGGUGCCUCCUCCACACCCCCCGCCGCAGCAGCACCGGCGACAGAUUUUUUAAAAAAUGGAUUUGGCCAACCAUGGACUUAUUCUUCUGCAACAGUUAAACGCUCAGCGAGAGUUUGGUUUCCUGUGUGACUGCACGGUUGCCAUCGGCGAUGUGUACUUCAAGGCACACAAAUCAGUUCUUGCUUCAUUCUCCAAUUACUUUAAGAUGUUGUUUGUCCAUCAGACCAGUGAGUGUGUCCGUUUGAAACCCACUGACAUCCAGCCCGACAUCUUCAGCUACCUCCUGCAUCUGAUGUACACAGGGAAGAUGGCACCUCAGCUGAUCGACCCGGUGCGGUUAGAGCAGGGGAUCAAGUUUCUCCACGCCUACCCGCUGAUCCAGGAGGCCAGCCUGGCCAGUCAAGGAGCCUUUUCUCAUCCUGACCAGGUUUUUCCGCUGGCAUCUUCCUUGUAUGGCAUUCAGAUCGCAGAUCAUCAGUUGAGACAAGCCACCAAGAUUGCUUCAGCGCCGGAAAAACUUGGCCGAGAGCCGCGGCCACAGACGUCCAGGAUGAGCCAGGAGCAGGUGCCCGAGGCCUCCCAGCUCUCCCAGCUCUCCCAGCUGCCCUCGAAUCUGACCCAGGUGAAUCGGACACACAUGACCCCUUCGGACCCGCUGCAGACCUCACUGUCGCCCGACCUUGUCUCCACUCCUGUUCCUCCCCCACCCCCCGGGGAGGAGACCAAUCUGGAAGCCUCUUCCUCGGACGAGCAGCCUGCGCCCCUCACCAUAGCCCACGUCAAGCCGAGCAUCAUGAAGAGGAACGGAAGCUUCCCCAAGUACUACGCCUGCCACCUGUGUGGGCGGCGCUUCACCCUCCGGAGCAGUUUGCGGGAGCACCUCCAGAUUCACACGGGGGUCCCCUUCACAGCCAGCCAGCCCGGAGAGAGCCGCGUGCCCCUGUCUCUCUGCAGCAACACGGCGGACCUAGGAAAAGACGCCAUGGAAGUGCCUGAAGCGGGGAUGAUCAGUGACAGCGAGCUGCAGCACAUCUCGGAUUCGCCCAUAAUCGACGGGCAGCCGCACUCGGAGACGCCGCCGCCCUCAGACAUCGCGGACAUUGACAACCUGGAGCAGGCGGACCAGGAGAGGGAGGUCAAGAGGCGCAAGUACGAGUGCACGAUCUGCGGCCGCAAGUUCAUCCAGAAAAGCCACUGGAGGGAGCACAUGUACAUACACACCGGGAAGCCUUUCAAAUGCAGCACUUGUGACAAGAGCUUCUGCAGGGCCAACCAGGCUGCCCGGCAUGUGUGCCUCAACCAGAGCAUCGACACGUACACCAUGGUGGACAAACAGACUCUGGAGCUCUGCACCUUCGAGGAAGGCAGUCAGAUGGACAACAUGUUGGUACAGACGAACAAACCCUACAAGUGCAACUUGUGUGACAAAACGUUCUCAACUCCCAACGAGGUUGUUAAACAUUCAUGCCAAAACCAGAACUCGGACGUUUUCGCCCUAGACGAAGGGCGGUCCAUUCUCUUGGGCAGUGGGGACUCUGAAGUGACGGAGUCUGACCACCCAGUGUUAGCCUCCAUCAAAAAGGAACAGGAAACAGUGUUGUUAGACUGAAUGUUACUUAUCUUUUUAAAAAACUGUCAUUUUUACAAAGACUAUCUUCCUUCCCUUCCCCCAAUUCAGAACUCUUGUUCUCCAUGGCAUGACACAAACAGGUCCCGGCCCCUCCCUCCCCUCCCCCUGCCCCGUCCCCAGCCCCUCCUCCGUAAAGGCUUUGUGCAUUAUAAACCUGGAACGUAUUUACUUUAAUUCAGGGGAUAUUGGAAAGAUAAUGGUCAGUAGUACUUAUAAGCUCAAAUAGACUUCGAGAAGUUUUCGAUGAUUUAAAAGCAUACUUGGAACUAAUGCAGGGUAUAUAACAAAACAGAACAACUCGAAUGCAAUUUGGUAAGCUAAAAUUAUGACUUUCCCUGGGUAAUAAGUCUUCCUUCUCAGAAAGACAAUGUCUGAAAAUACAGCAUGCUUCUUAGAGAUACAGUGGGGCUCUGUACUAUGCACAAUCUAGAGGUGUGGGGAAACUUUAAAUCCAAGAAAACGUUCUUAGUAUUUAUCCUCCAGAUGUCUUAUUUCAGAAUGCAUCCUUUGAGAUUAUGUCCAGUUAAGAAAAAUUAUUAGUUAAGAAAUCUACUUGAACAAAACACAAAAGAGAAAAAGUAAUAAUGUGAUGGCAAUCUUAAUUUUUGGAUAAAACAUGACAAGCUGUGAGUUUGUGUGUUUGGAAGAGAAAAUGUGUGGAUACUUGAUGUAAACAGGUGAAUUAAUGCAAAUGCCUUAUCUAAUUGCUGGCUU